CACCUGUCUGCCUUGAUUUCCUUAGAAAUUCAAAAUUAAUCGUUUUUUUUUGCGUUUUAAUAAUGCGUGAUUAUGCGUCCAACGUGAUACGUUCGCAUCGCUGCCUUUGCAUUUUUACGGUGCUCCAAUUGACCCUAAUGCUCUCGAUGCUGGAAGUUCAAAUCCAAAUUGACCAAUCGCCGGAGCUCCAGCGACCUAUGACCCGAGUGCUUUUGGGGGCCCAACUAGGGGAGCUUGCCUGGAGUCCAUUGUUUUCCGGUUUUGCCAUGGGUGCCAUGUUCUACGGCUAUGGUUUGAUACACCUGCCCAGCAAAGGACCCCUCGGGUGCUUCUUCUCCAGGCUGCGAACAGCUGGCUUGUCCGUGUGGCAACAAUGUAGUCCCGUGAUGCUUGUGCCCUGGACCUUGAAGGUGGCCCAGGGCCUAAGCCUAUUCCCUUGCCAUUUGUGGGAGUUUCUUGCGAAUGAGGUGUGCUUAGAGACCGACAAUUGUCUGCAGCACGUCAUUCUGGCUUUUGUACUGUGGAUAUACCUGCUAAUCCUGGCCAUCACUAGCUUGGUCUCUGUUGUGAGACUCAAUCUUCAGAUGCUGGCUGACAGGCACAUUCACAGCAGAGACCACGAGCUGCGGGCCUAUGUACGGGGAAUCAAUGAACUUCUCGGAUUUGAGAUGAUAAUGGUCACCGAAUGAGAGGUUUGGGGUACCUACAAGCAUUUUCCAUAAAUUAAACCUCUAUUGUAUGGGACAGUAUUAGAACAUAACAAAUUGGAAAUUGUUUUUAUUUGAUAGAAGCAAUGUUAUCGUGUACAUUUUAUAAAUGCAGUAAACGAAAUUUUAAUC